AUGGUAUUUUUUCAGGUGAAAGAUCCGCAUGAUUUUGUUCUGUAUGCGGAGUAUUUGAGAGAUGUGCUCGAGCUGAUUCGUAUUCGAAGGAAUCGUUUGAAAUAUUUCAAUAAACACAACGAAAUCGAUGGAUCAAUCAAGGCGAAGAUUGCGGAUAUAUAUCGCCGAUGCACAGACCGCUUUCAGGGUCGUGCAGAAGUGUGGAGGAAGAGGUUGGAUUACCUCAAAAAGGAAAACAUGAGUGUGAGAUGCAGUCAAGCAUACUUUCGCGCACUUCAGGUAAUGGGAAGGGAUGUGGAACUGCGUUGUGAGGCAGCUCUUUGGGAAUUUCAACACAACAACAGCAUCGAUAAUGCGCGUGUGCAUCUGCAACUCGGAUUACGCUCCUCUCCCGAAUCACCGUCACUAUGGAUCACUUUUUUCCGUAUUGAAAUUCUCAACGUUAUCAGGUUCGUUUUCAAAUUUUUAGCUGCUUAUCUCGUUCACUAUUCGCAUGCUGAUUUGUAUCGAGAAGAAAAAGAUCCCUUCCGGUAUGUUUCCUAA